UACUGUGUGAGCUGUGAUUGGUCAGAGCUUGUCACAUGGUACAAGGCUGUUGUGAAUAGUCUUGUACCAUGUGACCUCUGUGAUCAUGCACAGAUUUUACACGUAGUAAGCAAUGAUGUCACAAGUGACAUCUUGCUUACUACUUUGCAUGUGAUCACUGAUUGGCCAAUCAGUGAUCACAUGAUCGGGACCUCGUACAGAGGUCCCGUCCAACGAUCGCAGCCGGCAAUCUUCAAGGAUUUCCGAAGGGGGAGAGACCUGCAUGUAAACAAUACAGAUCUCUCCCCUGUCAGUUCCUGCACACUGCUUUGU